AUGAAGCUCGCCGUAUUCAGCACCAAGCCCUACGACAAAAAGUACUUGACGUCCGUUCUCGACGCCAAGCAUGCUGCCUCGGGCAUUGAGCUCGUCUUCCACGAGUUCGCUCUCAACGAGGAUACUGUCUCUCUGGUCGAAGGAGCCGAUGCCAUCUGCGUGUUUGUCAACGAUAUUGUCAAUGACAAUGUCAUUUCAGCUCUGUCAGAAUUUGGCGUAAAGGCUAUUUUGCUGCGUUGCGCAGGCUUCAACAACGUUGACCUCGACGCCGCCCAACGUCUCCGCAUAAUGGUCGCCAACGUUCCUUCUUAUUCCCCCGAAGCUGUCGCUGAAUUCGCCGUUGCUCUCAUCCAGACUCUCAACCGAAAGACCCACCGCGCUUAUAAUCGCGUUCGUGAGGGUAACUUUGCCCUCGAUGGUCUUCUUGGAAAGACUCUCCAUGGAAAGACCGUCGGCAUUGUGGGUGUCGGAAAGAUUGGUCUUGCCACUGCUCGCAUCAUGAAGGGCUUCGGCUGCAAACUGCUCGCCUACGAUCCCUUCCCUUCUCCCGCCUUCGAUGAGUAUGGCGAGUACAAGGAUCUCGAGGACCUUUUGCCCCAGUGCGAUAUUGUCAGUCUGCAUUGCCCACUUAUGGAGCAAACACGGCACAUCAUCAACCGCGAAACUCUGGCUCUCAUGAAGCCGGGCGCUAUGUUGGUCAACACCUCACGAGGUGGUCUGCUCGACACCGAAGCUGUCAUCCAUGCACUCAAGACGAACCAUAUUGGUGGUCUUGCCCUUGAUGUGUAUGAGGCAGAAGGAGAGCUCUUCUACAACGACCACUCCUCCACAAUCAUUCAAGACGAUAAGCUCAUGCGUCUCAUGACCUUUCCCAAUGUGGUAGUUUGUGGCCACCAGGCCUUCUUCACCGAGGAGGCUCUUACCGAAAUCGCCGAAUGCACCCUUGGCAACCUCGAGGAGUGGAUAGAAACCAAGACGGCAAAGAACUCAUUGACUAAGGACCUUAAGCUGCGACGUCGUGAGUCACUGCCCGUCCGUGCCAUCUAA